UGCUAUGUAUUUUAAUUCUAAUUUAACACUCAACGGUGAACAAGGUCUUAAGUGAAAAAUUAUGGUUUUUAUCGCCACAUUUGCGUGUCUCUUAAUAACUAUUGCGAUUUUAUUGGGAAUUUUCAUCCAACGAAGGUUUACCUACUGGAAACGUCGUGGAAUUCCGCACGAAAAGCCAAUUAUUCCCUAUGGCAACAUUAAGGGCUUUAUGAAAACACGCCUUUUACGGGACAUAAUGCAGGAAUACUACCAGAAAUUCAAAGGCUGUGGACCAUUUGUUGGAAUGUACUUCUACAUAAAUCCAGCUAUUCUGGUGUUAGAUCUUGACCUGGUUCGUGAUAUUCUCAUCAAAGACUUCAAUAACUUCACUGAUCGUGGAGUUUACUGCAACGAACGCGAUGAUCCACUAUCGGCUCACUUAUUUUCGUUGGAAGGUGAGAAAUGGCGCGCAAUGCGCAAUAAAAUGUCACCAACUUUUACAUCGGGCAAAAUGAAAUUUAUGCUGCCCAUAAUUUUAAAUGUUGGUGAUGAACUUCUACAAGUGCUUAGUAAUACAAUUGAAAAGGAUUCAGUUGUUGAAAUGAAAGACAUAUUGGCGCGAUUCACAACUGACGUCAUCGGAACAUGUGCGUUUGGAAUUGAUUGCAAUAGCUUAAAAGAUCCCAACGUAGAAUUUCGUACCGUUGCUGUGGGAGCUUUUACAAAAUCAAGACACAGCAGUAUCGUUGAGGGUUUUAUGAUUGGAUUCCCUGAGAUAGCGAGGAAGCUGGGUUUGCGGGUAAUUAAUGACGAUAUUCAUGAGUUCUUUAUGCGUAUUGUAAGGCAAACUGUGGACUAUCGGGAGAAGAACUCAGUCAAACGGAAUGACUUUAUGGGCUUGAUGAUAGAAUUGAAGAAUUCCGGCACUGGACUGACUGUGGACCAGAUUGCAGCUCAGGCAUUUAUUUUCUUUGUAGCUGGGUUUGAGAUAUCUUCUGCAACUAUGGCUUUCGCCUUGUACGAAUUGGCUCUCAACCAGGAGAUCCAAGUCAAGCUGAGAGCUGAGAUUGAUGCCUGUUUCGAUAAGAACGAUGAUCAUUUUGUUUAUGAGAAUAUGAACGAAAUGCCAUACCUGGAUAAAGUUAUAAAAGAAACUCUGCGGAAAUACGCCAUCAAUGUCACCUUAGUGAGAAAAUGCUGCAACGAAUAUCAAACUAGCAAUCCUAACUUCGUCAUACCAAAGGGAAUGCUGAUAUUGAUCCAAAGUCAUGCUAUUCAAAACGAUCCCGAAAUAUAUCCAGAUCCCGAUAAAUUUGAUCCUGAACGUUUUACUCCAGAGGAAAUUCAAAAGCGACACCCUAUGUCUUGGCUACCAUUUGGUGAUGGACCACGAAAUUGUAUUGGUUUGAGAUUUGCAAAGAUGCAAGUCAGUGUUGGACUUGCAUUGUUGAUAAGAAAUUUCAAAUUCCAUUGUUGUGAAAAAACUCCAGUUCCACUUGAAUUUGAUAUAACGAAUCCGAUGCUUGCUUCGAAGGGAGGUAUACCUUUAAAAGUGGAAAAAAUAAAGUCGUAAGAAAAUAUUAA